AUCAAUGUCAGAAAGAAUAUACGCUAAGCGUCCAAUUUUAACAUAAUAAAUUAAUGAAAAAGAUAAUUUACUUUAUAAUACUAACUAAUAUUUUUACUUCAUGACAUAUGUAAUAAUACGGAUUGUUUUUCUUCGGUAGCGGUAUUCUAUAUUGCAAUGAAAAUAAGAAAGCCGAAAGUCAGAUACGAGCUGCGUCUCUUUGUUUACUGAAGUUUAAAACUGUUAGUUGCUUUUAAUUUCAUUGAUAAUGAUGGAAAUGCGAAAGGAAACGUCUCCUAUACCUCCUCAAGCGGAGAUCAUAGAGGCCGAUUUAUAUAAACGAUCAUAUUUCGGACCUGAUGUUCCAACUUUGGAGCUAGAAUGUUGGGAGGAAGAGUUAUCUGAGGCUCAACUGAAAGCCUAUCAGACUGCCACUGAGGAGUAUCAAAGUAUUCAAAACAAACUUGAUGUGAUUGUAAAAGAUACAGGAGGAGAGAUUGUUUACAAUGGUGAUCAAUUUACAGCAUACCAAUUGCUGGGCAAACAACCAGCUCUAAAGGAUUUGGAGAGACAGAGUGCUGAUAUAAUCAGAUCUAGAUCACGUUCCCUCUCCAUAUGUAAAGAAACUAAAGAAGUCAAAGGAAAAAGAGGUCGACCCAGAAAGAAUCGCGAAGAAGAUCGGGACUACUCCCCCUCAUCAGACAGGACAAAGUCACCCGAUCAAAGACAUAAGAAGAAAAAGAAGGACAAGAGGAAGUAUGAUGAGAGGGAUACGAAGACCAAGGAUAAAACUUUGGCUCCAUCCAAUGUUCACAGCGUUGUAACAAACGUCCGGCCGUCCGAGGCGACCGCCAUCGGUGGCUUACUCACCGGCAGCGCGACCAAAACGACGGCCAUAGUCGACUUGACCAAGGAAGACGGCAACAAGAAUGUGGCCGAUUCCAGAGAGGUGUCGUUCAAUAAACUGCAAGGCAAAACAUUCCCGUCGUUGGUGGUGGUGGCCCGGCCGUACCUGCGUUCCAAGGACGCGGCCGUGCCCGCUGAUCGCGCGACCCUCGAUAGUAAAGUCAAAGCGGUUCUCAUCCACACUCCCAUGAAGUUCACCGAGUGGCUCAUACAACAGGGUCUAGUGCGGUCAGAGCAGUGGUGCGCUCUACAUCCCGGGAACAAACUCAAGCUAGGUAUGUAUUCUGACGUGUCUAAGUUCCCGUACUCGGGCGGCUACGUGUGGAUAUCCGAGUGCUGUCCUACUCGAUUCGUCUCCGUGUUCUCGAGCUCUAUCUUCGAAGGAGCCACGUUUCCGCCCAGUGUCCUCCUGAAGCUCAUAUACCACUGGGCGUGUCAGACGAACGUUCAGAACGUCGUCCAAUGGGUCAAAGUUGACAAUCUAUACGUCAAAGGUCUGUUUACUUGGCUGAGAGCGGUUUGCACGUCGGCUAUACAUCAGCACAUGGGUCUGCUCGGCGGCCCGGGGAAGAAGGUUGAAGUUGGAGUCAUAUCUUUGGGUACUACCAGCCAUGAUGGCACACAGAGACAAGUCAAAGUUGAAGUGUUGGGUGUGCUGGAUCCCGUCGAGAAAUUGAUUCGCCUUCGUGCGGUGGAGCCGUUGGCGGAGUACGAGAAGAAUUAUAAGAAGCGUUUCCAGAAAAUUCUGGAGCCUCUCACCACUUGGGUCCAUCCGUCGUCUAUAAUUCUGACGGAUCUGACCGUGGACAAAGGCACGCUUGUGUCCAUGGGCUUUAAGACGGUCCACCAGUCCUCGUCUCACUCCGACCAACCCAUGAAGUACAGCAACGCCAAUAUCAUGGAAUAUUUACGACGUAUCGUGCCGAGAAUGUUCCAGAACACUCUGUCGCUGCUCUCCAGGCAGAUUAUACAGCAGUUCCUCGACGAACUGGUGUGGAGAGAAAAGUUCGGUGUGUCUCCCGGGCAGGCGUUCGACAACAUAGUGUCCCACAUAUCAGAGCAAACAAAAUUGGACGCUAAGGACCCCAUCACUAUACGGCUCUACAAAAUCGCUUCUAAUCCAUUCAAAAACUGGAAGUACCCCAGCAAGAAAAAGGAUAGGUCGGAAGAAUCUUUAGAACCGGAAGUGAGAAGCAAGCGCGGUAGAAAGAAGAAAGAGCGCUCGCCCUCACCGCCGCCUAAGAAGAAGAGAAGUAAGACUUAUAUAGAAGACGAGGACGACGAAGAGAUUCCACUGGCGCUGCGGCGGUCGAAAGUCAAGCAAGAGAAGAAUAAAGACUCCGACGGCCGGCGGCGCAAGGCGCGGGCUUACGUCGAGGACGACCUGGACGACGUGCCGCUGAAGAACAUCAAGAAGGAGGUCAAACACGACGACACCGUCUCCCUCGAGAGGUUCUACUACGGCAGAACGACCGAGGGCCUCGCCGAGAACAUCGCCAUAGCCGUGCAGUGUCCGGCGUGUCAGGUAGAGUUCAACGAGUCGAUGUCGCUGUGCGUCCACCUGUGCGGGCACGUGUCGCGGCGCGCGGCCGGCGUGCUGUGCGUGUUCUGUCAGAGCAUGUUCGACAGCGAAGCAGAGCUGAGCGAGCACCUCAAGUGUUCUCACCCCGUGGACACCAAGUCACCCGAACUCUUCACCUACGCCUGUCUCAUAUGUGAGGUACGUUUCGCGGCGGUGCUGACCCUGGCGGCUCACAUGCAGAAGGCCCACUGUCCGCGCGAGCUGCCCUACAGCUGCGGCUCGUGUCCCUACCGCGCCUCCGCCCACCGCUCACUGCUGGAACACGUCAUGAACAAACAUCGCCGGUCCGACAAGCUAGUCUGUCCGCACUGUCUCAAGAUGAUUCCAGUGUACGCCGACGGAUGUGAACUGACAGCCAACGUGCUCCUCUACAUGGACCAUCUCAAGCAACACCAGGACAAGGAGCUGGAGAUCAAAUGCACGAGAUGCGUGCUGAGAUUCGUACAUCUCGGACAACUGAAAGAGCAUCAGAUUCGCGACCACAACCCGUGCGAGGAGGUCCUGCCUCUGUGUUCUACUGAGCACUUGAUUAACCUGCCCAAGAACAAAGCCCGCCCUCCCAUCAAGGACGUCGCGUGUCACGCCAUCAGCGACACGUAUGAAGGUGUCACGUUGUUCCUACAGGAAGGUCUUCUGUGUCGCGAGUGUGACACGCCGCUUGACAGUGACAAACACUUCCUCGGUCGCACGUCGUGCAGCAAGUGUCCGUAUGCUACAUCAUGUUACCGAGCGAUGUUGAGACACAGUGGAUACUGCGCCGGCCCACAUUCACUCGAGGCCGCCCCUAGACCCGCGCCCAUGCUCUACUGCGUAUGUGAAUACUCUACAGACAUAGGCACGGACAUGCUGUCCCAUCUUCUCGCUACACAGCACACAAGCGCUUACUUAAGUGAGGAACUUGCACGAGCCAACACCGUCAGGGAGGAACCAAAACCAGCUGAUGAAGUGGAGCCUCUUGUGGAGAACAUGCCAGCUAUCCCAGAUUACGCUCCUCCAUCGGUCAUCAACACUCAGCUGUCUCUAGAUGAUCUUGCUCCCCCUUCAGUUUUACAACCUGAUCAGCAUGAUCAAGAACUCCUGAAGGACGCAUAUGACCGCCCCCUGGCAACACCAAGACAUGAGGAACCUCACUACACUCUGGGAGACUUUGAACCCUUGCCUCAAGAGCCACCUCCCCAACCAGACUUUGAACAACUGUAAUCUUACAUACGAAUCUCUUCCAGAAAAUAUUCUUAUGUCAAGUGUUACAAAUAUAUUCUUUCUAAAUAAAUGAAAAUUGUAUGAAAAUCAAAUCCAGCUCACAAAAUAGGCAAUAUUUAGCCAUAUGCAGCCUACUAACAUACAUAAUAAAUAUUAUAAAGCAACUUACUGGAGAUCAAAAACAUCAAACAAAGUCAUAACUCAUUACAAGAUCAUUAAAAUGAGUUUUCCAUAGAGGACUUAAUGUCAAAAGGCUUAUCAAACAAUAUUAUAUUGGGCUUUGGUGAGGUUAUAAAGAUGUAUAAUUUAGUAAACAAGAUUUAUUGAUACUUUAUAUCUUUCUAUGCAUUAUGGAAAUGUAUUUAUGCUUUUAUGAGAGUAAGUAAGUAAUGUUAAUUGAUUUUAUGGUUAUGCUAAAUAAAAAGUUGCAUAUUCA